ACCUGUAAUUCUUUUGUAGUAAUGAAGACAUUUCCAUAUCGUAGAUCAACAAUGCCUUUCCCAAUCCAAGCCUUCCUCAUCGCUCUUCUCUUCUCUUCCAUUAUUGCUUCAGCAGCUAUCGUCGAACAUGUUUUCAACGUGGAAGACGUGGUGGUGAAACCAUUGUGCCAAGAGCAGAUGAUACCGAGUGUUAACCGAAGUCUUCCCGGUCCAACCAUAAACGUUAGAGAAGGCGACACUCUUGUGGUUCAUGUCAUCAACAACUCAACUUACAACAUAACUAUCCACUGGCAUGGAGUUUUUCAGAGGAAUAGCCCAUGGAUGGAUGGUGCGAAUAUGAUAACUCAAUGUCCGAUUCAACCAGGUUAUAACUUCACAUAUCGAUUCGAUAUCACUGGACAAGAAGGUACAUUGUUAUGGCACGCACACGUCGUUAAUCUGCGAGCCACUCUUCACGGGGCUAUAAUCAUUCGUCCCCGAUCUGGUCGUCCCUACCCUUUUCCUAAACCUUACAAAGAAGUUCCAAUCAUUUUUGCACAAUGGUGGAACGUAGAUCUUGCAGUUCUUCAGUUACGGCCAGCUCCGAUUGCCGAUGCUUUCCUCAUAAAUGGCCUCGCCGGAAAUACCUAUUCCUGCUCUAAGAACAGGAUGUAUAACCUCAAGGUAGUACAAGGAAAAACAUACUUGUUAAGGAUUAUAAAUGCGGCGCUCAACACUCACCUCUUCUUCAAAAUAGCCAACCACAAUGUAACAGUUGUUGCUAUAGAUGCUGCCUACACAACUCCUUAUGUCAGCGAUGUGAUGAUUUUGACUCCGGGACAAACGGUCGACGCACUUCUCACCGCCGACCAACCCAUUGGUUUGUACUACAUGACCAUUAGCGCUUACAUUAGUGCCCACCCUAUCGUACCGGUUCCCACUGAUAGAACCAUCAAUGGUCUGAUCGUCUACGAGGGUGCCGCAUUGAACACAUCUCCAGCAAAGACGACGAUGCCUGAAGGGAUGAACCAAAUAUCCACUGCUCAUAGAUUCUCCUCAAACAUCACUAGCCUUGUGGGUGGACCCCAUUGGACGCCGGUGCCUCGCCAUGUGGACGAGAAGAUGUUCAUAACGAUGGGACUUGGUUUAGACCCAUGUCCUUUGGGAACCAAGUGUAUUGGACCGUUAGAUCAAAGAUAUGCCGGUUCUCUCAACAACCGUACUUUUGCAAUUCCGCAAACGCUUUCUCUUCAGGAAGCUUAUUUUUACAAUAUUAGUGGAAUCUACACAGAUGAUUUCCCCAACCAGCCACCGCUCAAAUUUGAUUAUACAAAUUUCGAAGUCAGUGGUGAUAAUGAGUACAAAAUGUUGUUUCCAGAAAGGAAAACUAGCGUCAAGAAACUUAAGUUCAAUUCUACAGUUGAGCUUAUUGUGCAGAACACAGGGAUAAUCACCUCUGAGAGCCAUCCUAUGCACCUUCACGGCUUCAACUUCUACGUGUUAGGUUAUGGAUUCGGUAAUUAUGAUCCAAUCAAUGAUGCAAGAAAGCUAAAUCUAGUCAACCCGCAAAUGCGCAAUACCGUCGGUGUACCACCAGGUGGAUGGGUUGUUCUCAGAUUUAUCGCUAAUAAUCCUGGUGCAUGGAUGUUUCAUUGUCACAUGGAUGCACAUUUACCUUACGGAAUUAUAAUGGCUUUCAUAGUUCAAAAUGGACCGACACCGGAAACAAGCUUGCAACCUCCCCCCUCGAAUCUUCCACAAUGCACUCGUGAUCCCAAUAUCUAUGAGUCUCCCACUACUAACGUUGAUUUGUCUUAUUAGAACUAAGUAGG